AUGCCUCUUGAAUCAGUCUUCAAGCUGCCGGCAUACAUAUGGGCAUCCCUCAUAUUUGCAAUUCCUCUUGUCGCCCUCCUUCACGAUGUCUGGGUCUGGUUCCGCAUGCCCCCAGGACCUACACCCAUUCCAUUUCUCGGCAACAAACAUCAACUACCAAAGUCCAAACCCUGGAUACAGUUCCAAGAGUGGUCAAAAACAUACGGGCCCAUUUUCACAAUAUGGAUUGGACGGAAGCCCACGAUCGUCAUAUCCGACCCCAUCAUCGCGGUCGACUUGAUGGAAAAGCGCAGCACAAAAUACUCCUCGCGACCGCGCAUGGUGGCCAUGGGCGAAAUCCUGUGGGAUGGAGCGAGUAUUCUAGUCCAACCGUAUGGCAAGGAGUGGAGUACGAGGAGAAAACUACUACAUCAGGCUUUGACACCCAAAGCACUGAGAUUGUACAAGCCAGUCCAAACUGCCGAGGCAUCGAGGCUGUGUAGCCAACUUCUCGAGACGCCGGCGAACUGGGAGAAGCUUUUGGAGCGCUUCACGUCCAGUAUAGUUUUCUCGGUCGCGUAUGGACAUCGCAUUGAUUCGCUGAAUGCGGAUGUCAUCUAUCAGAGGUUCAAGUUCAUGCAUGUUGCAGCGUCACUGAAUGUACCGGGGAAAUACCAGGUCGAGUCUUUCCCAAUCUUGAAGCACGUACCAGACGUACUUGCGCCAUGGAAAGCGAAGAUCAAGGCGCAAGGAAGAGAAGAAGCUGCAGCGAACAUGGCACUUGUGGAUGUCGUGCGCAACGACAUGGCGCGAGCAAAGACGCGAGGCGAAGAUAUACCAGACUCGCUCUGCAAACUCCUUCUGGAAAUGAAAGAGACGGAACACAUACCGCUAUCCGACCGCGACUUCUCCUACAUUCCCGCCUCACUGUUCGGCGCCGGAUCCGACACCACCGCCUCGACGCUGUGUACAGCUUUCCUAGCUCUCGUCACGCACCCCGAAACACUACAGGCUGCUCACUCCGAACUCGACGCCGUAGUCGGCACAAAUCGCUCGCCCACCUUCGACGAUGAGAAAGACCUACCAUACCUCCGCGCUCUUGUCAAAGAAGUCCUACGCUGGCGCCCUGUCGCUGUGCUAGGAGGCACACCGCACGCAUCCACCGAAGACGAUUACUACGAAGGUUACUACAUUCCAGCCGGAACCACCGUGCUCGGGAACUCCUGGGCCAUCAAUUUGAACGAGGAAUACUACCCGAAUCCACAUCUCUUCGACCCAAUGCGCUUCCUCGAUUCCGCCUUGAGUGAGAAAUUGAAAGCCCCGACGGGGUUGACAGGUAAAGCGCAUCCAGCCAAAACAGGUCAUUCAUCAUUCGGCUGGGGGCGGCGGAUUUGUCCUGGUGCAGGACUCGCGGAGAAUAGCUUAAUCAUUGCGCUUGCGAAGAUUCUUUGGACUUUUGAUAUUUUGCCGGUGAAGGGUGUAAAAUACGACACUUUUGCGUACACUGAAGGCUUCAAUAUUCGACCGAAGAGUUUCAGAUGUGAGAUCAGGAUUCGGAGUGAAGUGCAUCGGAAAGUGUUGGAGGAAGAUUUCAAGAGUGCGGAGGGUGUUUUGGAGCGAUUCACGCCUUUUGGAGAGUAG